AUGAACACCCACCCACCUCAGCUGAUGGAGGCUACGUCCGCGAAGAUCGUGAUGCUCGGUGAGUCUGGUGCCGGCAAGAGCUCCAUCGCGCUUCGCUUUGCGCGGAAUGAGUUCUUAGCCAACCAGGAGACCACUAUCGGCGCUGCCUUUCUGUCCAAGACGGUGAUGAUGCCACCGGCGCGCGGCGCCGCGGCCGCCCCAGGCGGUGCGGCUUCUGCUCACGCUCUUCAGCAGCAGAUGCGUGCACUCAAGUAUGAGAUUUGGGAUACGGCGGGUCAGGAGCGCUUCCGCUCUCUUGCCCCGAUUUACUACCGCGGUGCCUGCGGUGCUCUUGUCGUGUACGACAUCACGAAUAGCGAGAGCCUCAAGAAGGCGCAGACUUGGAUCAAGGAGCUCCGUGCCAACGCAGAUCCGUCACUGAUUAUUGUACUCGUCGGAAACAAGAAGGAUUUGGAGUCUCUGCGGCAGGUGCCCUUCGAGGAUGGACAGCGUCUCGCAGCCGAGGAGCAGCUCGCUGCCUUCUACGAGACAUCUGCAAAGGACAACAACAACGUUGAGCAGGUGUUUCUCGAUUUAGCUGGGAAACUCCUCGACCAGGGCCUGGGCAACCGCGGCGGGGCUACUGGAGGUGCACGCGGUGGCGUGAUAGCACCACGUGGCGAGCGUGUAGAGCAGCACAACGAGUCAGCCGCCCAGUCUACGUGCUGCUGA